UGCAACAAAUGCCAACGCCUCGCCGAUCCCCGACAUGGGUCUCGACAACCACGUCCCAACUUGUGAAGUGGUCGAUGCGGAGCUUGACAAGUUCCGACAGGAAACUGGGGUGCAAGUUGACACCACCAGUAGUCCCUUCCGUGAUAACCAACUGAUCACAAUCUCCAAAGUAGUGGAUGAAAACGGGUUGCUCGUGCUCUCUGGAAUUUGCUCAUUUGAGUUGUUCCACAAUAUUACGGAACUAUAUACAGAAGCCCGCACUCUUCGGUCAUCCCGUAGCUUCUGCUUAGGUGACGACGAUGUUGUGCUGCUCACAUUCAUGAAGCUUUACCAUAACAUUACGUUUUCCCUGUUGGGAGUGCAAUUUGGUAUUCACCGGACCACAGCCUCCAACAUGUUUAAAGAAUCCGUAGUAGUUCUUGCAAGCAUCCUAGAGCAUGCCGUUUUCUGGCCCGAGAAAGAAGCUGUGGUAAGUUGUCUCACCACAUAUUUCUGGCAGUACAAAGAAACUAGGAUGGUACUCGACUGUACAGAAAUUGAAAUUGAGCGGCCCAAAGACCUUGUGUCAAGGUUACUGACAUACAGUCAUUACAAAUGGACGUACACGGCCAAGGUCCUGGUGAGUGAAACGCCGGGUGGCUUAAUUAGUUAUGUUAGCCCAGCGUAUGGCGGAAAAGCAUCCGACACGUUCAUAACAAAGGAGUCGCAGAUCCUUGACAAAUGCAUUCCACACAUUGACAGUGUCAUGGUUGACAAAGGAUUUCUAAUUAAUGAGCUGUGCCGGGAAAAAAAUGUAAAGAUGAUAAGGCCUCCGUUCCUAAUGGAGAAGCAGCUCACUGCAGAGGAAGCCAGGGCUAAUCAGUCGAUAGCCAGUGCUCGAGUACACGUGGAAAGGGCAAUUCAACGAAUGAAGCUCUUUCGAAUUCUACGACAUCGGUUUGAUCUGGAUCUUCUUCCGUAUAUUGACAAGAUCUUCACUGUAAUCUCUGGCAUAGUGAACUUAUCGAAGCCAUUAUUCAGCGAGAACAAAUUUUUGUUCCAGUAGAGCUGUUGAUGAUGCACGAGUCCAACACAGGUUUAGAUACACAGCCGUUGCGUGCUAUGUGUGCGUUUCUUUUCAAUCAUUGUACAGUAAAACCUCGUUAUAACCAAAUGGGAUAUAACAAACUAAUGGAUAUAACAAAUAAUCAUAAUUCCCCUUGCUUGCUAAUAGUGGGAAGAAAUGGACAUUGGCUAUAACGAACUAAUGGUUAUAACGA